CUCGAAGUCUACUAGAAACACCGGAAGCGGCGGCGGGGACAGCACAGGGGAGGAAAAGAAGCCAAGAGGCGGCGCCGCCGAUCCACCCAGACCGAGAGCACCUUGGCCGACGGCAUGGCGCUGCUGAUGGAGCCCGGGUCGGAGCCCCUGACGGAGGGCGAGAAGGCCGACCUGGACGCCAUCGCCGCCAUCAAGGAGUCGGCGGCGCGCGAGUACAGGGAGGAGGGCAACCAGUUCGUCAAGAAGGGCCGGAAGCACUACCCCGACGCCGUCGACUGCUACACCAAGGCCAUCGCCCAGAUGGGCGCCCUCUCCGCCCCGAACCCCGACGCCUCCGUCCUCUUCGCCAACCGCGCGCACGUCAACCUCCUCCUCGGCAACCACCGCCGCGCCCUCGACGACGCCCAGCAGGCCGUCCGCCUCUCCCCCUCCAACCUCAAGGCGCACUACCGGGCGGCGAAGGCCGCGCUUGCUCUCGACCAGUUGCCCCAGGCGGCGUCCUUCUGCCGGCGGGGGCUCGAGCAGGACCCCGCCAACGAGGAGCUCAAGAAAUUCCUCGCGCAGGUGGAGGCGCAGCAGCGCGAGCGGGAUCUUAAAAGGGCCAAGGUUGAACAGGCCAUAUCCGCCGCGAAGGAUCUUGCUGCUGCUAUAGAGAAGAGAGGGCUGAGGCUGGGGAAGGCAGCAUAUCAGGAGCUGACCGGGGUAAAGAAGCCGAAGCUGGAUGAGCAGGGCGUGCUCCACUGGCCAGUUCUUCUGCUCUACCCGGAGGUCAUGUCGAGCGACUUUAUUGAGGAUUUUCCGGAGACUGAUAUGUUCUCGGAUCACCUUGAUCUCAUGUUCUCAGAAAGUUCUCCACCUUUGCCAUGGGAUGAGAACCACGCUUACACAAGGGACGCUAUUGAGUUGUAUUGUCAGGCUGGUGAUGGCACGCCGUUCUCCAAAAGUGAAAUGUUAAAAUAUCUUCUGGAAGGCACUGUCGACUCAGGGUCACUCACAGAAAGCCUUGAUGGGGAAGAUGGAGAACAUGAUACUGUGAAGGGCAGCACAGCUAUAUCACCAAGCCAGGGUAAGUGGAUCAAAGUAAGAGAAGGGAAAACUCUUCAGGAAGCGCUGCAGCAUAAAGACUACAUCAUCCCGGCGGUACCUGUGUUCUUUGUGGUUUCAAGGAAAUCCGCCUUCCAUUCGAAGUUCAAGGCUGGGAAUUGGUCUUUGCCGUAGAGCUGCCGUGUAGUAGUUCAGUUCACCAUCUCUGGAAGAGGCCAAGGGUGCUAUGGGUAUAUGAUCAGGAAAGAGGAAGCUGGCAAUUGUCAAUUGCCGUAUGGUCCUAGAAGGUUAUACUACUUGAGAGAAGAUGAGUUGUGCUUAAUUAGCACUUGUGUGUCUUACAAGUUCUUCCAACCACUGCUUGGUUGGUUGAUGGCUCAGGAUUGCGUUUCUAGAGGGAGAAGCAACCGAAUAUGCAACUUUUCAUGUGUAUUUUAGCAGUGGGCAUGACUGAACUUUUUGGGAUUUGGCAUGGUCAUACUUGCUUCUCUGUAUGCCCAGAACAGUACUGAUUUGGAUGCGAUUAUGUUGUUCAAUUCUAGUUGUGGGCAUGA